CUGCGCACCGCUCCGAGCCCGGCGGACUACUUUCCUCAAGCUGUGGCGGCAGAUUACCGACAACAUGGAAAGGAUCCAGCAGGAGAAACCAGACAGCUGUGUGAGAGACCCGUCUAAGAAAGCUGGAAUCAGUUUUAAAGAUGAAAAGAACUCCUCUGACACUGACAGGAUCAAUCAGGAGAGACCAGACUCCCCUGAACCCAGCUGUGUGUCCAUGAAGAGUGACCGGUCUAUGCAUCGUCGUGUUAAUUUCAAAGAUGGACACCACUCCACUGAACAGAGGAUCAAUCAGGAGAGCCUAGACUCCCCUGAACCCAGCUGUGUGUCCAUGAAGAGUGACUGGUCUAUGGAUCUUCCUCUUGAGUUCAAAGAUGGACACCACUCUACUGAACAGAGGAUCAAUCAGGAGAGACCAGACUCCCCUGUACCCAGCUGUGUGUCCAUGAAGAGUGACUGGUCUAUGCAUUGUCCUAUUGCUUUCAAAGAUGGACACCACUCCACUGAACAGAGGAUCAGUCAGGAGAGACCAGACUCCCCUGAACCCAGCUGUGUGUCCAUGAAGAGUGACCAGUCUAUGGAUCAUCCUAUUGAUUUCAAAGAUGGACAACACUCUACUGAACAGAGGAUCAAUCAGGAGAGAUCAGACUCCCCUGAACCCAGCUGUGUGUCCAUGAAGAGUGACCGGUCUAUGAAUGAUCCUAUUCAGUUCAAAGAUGGACACCACUCCACUGAACAGAGGAUCAAUCAGGAGAGACCAGACUCCCCUGAACCCAGCUGUGUGUCCAUGAAGAGUGACCGGUCUAUGGAUCAACCUAUUCAGUUCAAAGAUGGACACCACUCCACUGAACAGAGGAUCAAUCAGGAGAGACCAGAGUCUCCUGAACCCAGCUGUGUGUCCAUGAAGAGUGACUGGUCUAUGGAUCAACCUAUUCUGUUCAAAGAUGGACACCACUCCACUGAACAGAGGAUCAAUCAGGAGAGACCAGACUCCCCUGAACCCAGCUGUGUGUCCAUGAAGAGUGACUGGUCUAUGAAUCAACCUAUUAAUUUCAAAGAUGGACACCACUCCACUGAACAGAGAGUCCACCAGCAGAGCUCAGAGCUUCCCAGUGGUCGGCCAGCCUCAGAGCAUCAAACAGACCUGGACUCCAUAUUUAAGAUGCUGGAGGAGAACGCUGCCACUUUUGUGAAGAACGAGCUAAAAAGGAUCCACAGGAUUCUGAAUCCAGACUACCCAGAAUGCUUAGGGAGGCAGGGAGAGGAUGAGAAGGUGAUGGACGAUGAGGAGGAAGAGCAGAGGAGCAGCAUCAGAGAGGCUUUUCUGCAGAUCACACUGCACCUCCUGAGGAGAAUGAAGCAGGAGGAGCUGGCUGAGCGUUUGCACAGCAUGUGCCAACGUAAACUCAAAUCUAAUCUGAAGCAGAAGUUUCAGUGUGUGUUUGAGGGGAUUGCCAAAGCAGGAAACUCAACACUUCUGAACCAGAUCUACACAGAGCUGUACAUCACAGAGGGAGAGAGUCAAAAGGUCAAUGAUGAACAUGAAGUCAGACAGAUUGAAACAGCAUCCAGGAAACCAGCAGGAGCGGAAACACUGAUAAAAUCUGAAGACAUCUUUAAACCUUUACCUGUAAAAGAUAAGCCAAUCAGAACACUGAUGACAAAGGGAGUGGCUGGCAUUGGGAAAACAGUCUUAACACAGAAGUUCACUCUGGACUGGGCUGAAGAUAAAGCCAAUAAGCACAUAGAGUUCACAUUUCCAUUCACUUUCAGAGAGCUGAAUCUGCUGAAAGAGAAAAAGUUCAGUUUUGUGGAACUUCUUCAUCACUUCUUCACUGAGACCAAAGAAGCAGGAAUCAGAAAGUUUGAGCAGUUCCAGGUUGUGUUGAUCUUUGACGGUCUGGAUGAGUGUCGACUUCCUCUGGACUUCAACAACAACCAGAUCCUGACUGAUGUUACAGAGUCCACCUCAGUGGACGUUCUGCUGACAAACCUCAUCAAGGGGAACCUGCUUCCCUCUGCUCGCCUCUGGAUAACCACACGACCCGCAGCGGCCAAUCAGAUCCCUCCUGAGUGUGUUGACAUGGUGACAGAGGUGAGAGGCUUCACUGACCCACAGAAGGAUGAAUACUUCAGGAAGAGAUUCAGAGAUGAGGAGCAGGCCCGCAGAAUCAUCUCUCACAUCAAGACGUCACGAAGCGUCCACAUCAUGUGCCACAUCCCAGUCUUCUGCUGGAUCACUGCUACAGUUCUGGAGGACAUGUUGAAAACCAGUGAGAGAGGACAGCUGCCCAAGACCCUGACUGAGAUGUACAUCCACUUCCAGCUGGUUCAGUCCAAACAAGGGAACAUCAAGUAUCAUGGGAGAGCUGAGACAGAUCCACACUGGACUCCAGAGACCAGGGAGAUGAUCCUGUCUCUGGGAAAACUGGCUUUUGAGCAGCUGGAGAAAGGCAACCUGAUCUUCUAUGAAGCAGACCUGGCAGAGUGUGGCCUUGAUAUCAGAGCAGCCUCAGUGUACUCAGGAGUGUUCACACAGAUCUUUAAAGAGGAGCGUGGGCUGUACCAGGACAGGGUUUUCUGCUUCAUCCAUCUGAGCCUUCAGGAGUUUCUGGCUGCAGUUUAUGUCUUUCUGAGCUUCACCAACACUGAUUUCAAUCUGCUGACAGAGCAAAAAUCAACCUCCAGGUGGUUUACAGUAUUCAACAAGAAAUCUAAAUUAAAACUCCUCCUCCAGAGUGCUGUGGACAAGGCCUUACAGAGUCCAAAUGGACACCUGGACUUGUUUCUCCGCUUCCUCCUGGGUCUUUCAAUGGAGACCAACCAGCGUCUCCUACGAGGCCUGCUGACACAGACAGGAAGUAGCUCACAGACCAACCAGGAAACAGUCCAGUACAUCAAGAAGAAGAUCAGAGAGAAUCCCUCUCCAGAGAGAAGCAUCAAUCUGUUCCACUGUCUGAAUGAGCUGAAUGACAAUUCUCUAGUGGAGGAGAUCCAACGGCAGAUCCAACUGAGUUCAGGAAGUCUCUCCACAGAUAAACUCUCUCCUGCUCAGUGGUCUGCUCUGGUCUUCAUGUUGCUGUCAUCAGAAGAAAAACUGGAUGUGUUUGACCUGAAGAAGUACUCUGCUUCUGAGGAGGCUCUUAUGAAACUGUUGCCAGUGGUUGAAGUCUCCAAAACAUCUCUGCUGAAUGGCUGUAAUCUGUCAGAGAGAAGCUGUGAGGCUCUGGCCUCAGUUCUCAGCUCCCAGUCCUCCAGUCUGAGAGAGCUGGACCUGAGCAACAAUGACCUGCAGGAUUCAGGAGUGAAGCGUCUCUCUGCUGGACUGGAGAGUCCAAACUGUAGACUGAAGGCUCUCAGGCUGUCAGGCUGUCUGCUCACACAGGAAGGCUGUGCUGCUCUGGCCUCAGCUCUGAGCUCCAACCCCUCCCAUCUGAGAGAGCUGGACCUGAGCUACAAUCAUCCAGGAGCCUCAGGAGAGAAGCUGCUCUCUGCUGGACUGGAGGAUCCAACCUGGAGCCUGGAGGCUCUCAGUGUGGACCAUGGUGGAGAGCAGAGGUUGAAACCAGGCCUGAGGAAGUAUUCCUGUCAAGUCAAACUGGACCCAAACACAGCAAACAGAGACCUCAAACUGUCUGAGGACAACAGGAAGGUGAGAUGGGUGGAAGAGCAGCAGCCAUAUCCUGAUCACCCAGAGAGAUUUGACUACUAUCCACAGGUGAUGUGUGGAACUGGUCUGACUGGGAGGUGUUACUGGGAGGUCGAGUGGGAGGGAUGGGUUCAUAUCGGAGUGACUUACAGAGGAAUCAGCAGAAGAGGAGACAGUGAUGACUGCUGGCUUGGAGGAAACGACAAAUCCUGGAGUCUGUUCUGCUCUGAUAGAGGUUUCACUGCCUGGCACAAAAACAGAUCAACAGACGUUCCUGUCCCCUCCUCCUCCUCCUCCUCCUCCUCCUCCUCCUCCUCCUCUAACAGAGUAGCAGUGUAUCUGGACUGGCCUGCUGGCUCUCUGUCCUUCUACAGCGUCUCCUCUGACGCUCUGAUCCACCUCCACACCUUCACCUGCACCUUCACUGAACCUCUGUACCCUGUGUUUAGGCUCUUCUCUACACUCCGUUCCUCAGUGUCUCUGUGUCUGAUGGAGUAACGAAACACUCAAACUGCUGCCCAGAGACAACUGCUGAAACACACACACACACACACACACACA